AAAAAAAAAAUACAGUGUAUUGAUGGACAAAAUUAAAAGUAUCGGCCAAAUCUUAAAAAUUUGAUUAAGCCUUUAAAUUACUAAUCUUCUCGUGCUUUAGCAAACGCAUAUAUUAUGCUAAUACUUCAAAGUUCAAACUCUCAAAACUCACAGACCAAACUUCGCUCCAAAAUCUUGAAGUUCGAAAGCUCCAACUUUCUUAAUGCGAAAUCAGGCCAUCCUAACUUCUGCAACUCUCUCUGCUCUUUUGCAAGGUCGCAUUCCAAUUCCCCAUCUCCUCCAAAUCCAUGCUAAAGUCUUUCGUCUUGAUGCUCAUCAAGACAACCUAAUAGCCACUCGUCUUAUUGGCCAUUACCCAUCUAAGUUUUCUAUUCGUCUUUUUAACCAAAUUCAAAAUCCCAAUUUGUUUCCUUUCAAUGCCAUAAUUAGAGUCUUAGCUCAUGAGGGUGAUUUUCAUGGGUCUUUUUUGCUCUUCCGAAGAUUGAAAAGGCAGCACCUUUACCCUAAUGAUUUGACUUUCUCUUUUAUUUUGAAGGCAUGUUUUGGUUCUAAAAAUGUGUUUUAUGUGGAACAAGUGCAUACCCAUAUCUUCAAAGUUGGUUUUAUUACUGACCCUUUUGUUUGCAAUGCUCUUUUAGCCCUUUAUGCUAAAGGGUUUAAGGAUUUGGUCUCUGCGCGUAUGUUGUUUGAUGAAAUGCCUGAGAAAGGUGUAGUUUGCUGUUGGACUUCUUUAAUCGCUGGUUUUGCUCAAUCAGGUUAUGCCGAGGAAGCUUUAAGGUUUUUCCGUUUGAUGGUUAAGGAGAAUUUGAGUCCAGAAGAUGAUACUUUAGUUAGUGUUUUAUCAGCUUGUUCUAGCCUUGAGAUUCACCAAAUUGAGAAAUGGCUAACUCUUUUAUUAGAACUUAUUAACGAAAUUGAUUCCAAGAUUCGUGAUUCAGUCAAUAAUGUUCUUGUCUAUUUGUAUGGGAAAUGGGGGAAUAUUGAAAAGAGUAGGGAAAGAUUUGAUGAUAUUAGUGAUGAUGGAAAAAGAAGUGUGCUUCCUUGGAAUUCUAUGAUAAAUGCAUAUGUUCAAAAUGGUGAUUCUUUGGGGGGUUUGAAUCUUUUUCGGUUAAUGAUUAUGGAUCCUACUUGUAGACCCAACCAUGUUACAAUGGUUAGUGUGCUUUCUGCUUGUGCGCAAAUUGGUGAUCUGGAGCUUGGAAUGUGGGUUCAUCAAUACAUGAAAUCUAGAGGACAGAAAGGCGUUCUACAAUCUAAUAGAAUUCUAGCUACUGCAUUCAUAGACAUGUAUUCUAAAUGUGGGAGUUUGGACAAGGCAAAGGAUGUUUUCAACCAGAUGGUUUCCAAAGACGUUGUUUCAUUCAAUGCCAUGAUAAUGGGUCUUGCAAUAAAUGGUGAAGGGGUGAAGGCGGUUAACCUUUUCUCCAAAAUGCAAGAGUUUGGUUUGCAUCCCAAUCCUGGAACAUUCCUUGGACUUUUAUGGGCCUGUAGCCACUCAGGAUUAUCGGAUGAAGGACAAAAGAUAUUCCUAGAUAUGAGUUCACGCUUUUUAGUCCGUCCUAAAUUGGAGCAUUAUGCUUGCUAUAUUGAUCUUCUUGCACGAGAGGGCCAUUUGGAAGAAGCAUUCAAGGUUACUACCUCCAUGCCAUUCAAACCAAAUAAUUUUGUAUGGGGGGCAUUGCUCGGGGGUUGCCUGCUCCACUAUAAAGUAGAUUUGGCUAAAAUUAUUUACAAGAGGCUUGUUGAAGUAGAUCCAGCUAAUUCUGCAGGAUAUGUAAUGUUAGCCAAUAUAUUUGCAGUUGAUCAUAAAUGGAACGAUGUAUCAGCACUGAGGUGGUUUAUGAGGGAGAAAGGAGUCAAGAAACAACCAGGGUGUAGCUGGAUCAACGUUAAUGGGAUUGUGCAUGAGUUCCUAGUGGGAUCCCCAUCACAUCCUCAAAUGGAGAGCAUAUAUCAUAUCUUGCAUGGGUUGGUGAGGGAUAUGAAAAAUGCAAAUCCUUAGGAAAUGACAAAGCUGUGUAUAGAGUUAUGAAUAUGUCUUGACUGUUGAAUGUCAGAUUGAAUUGCUACAGAGUAGUGCAUGACUCCGUUGGGUGAUUCGAGCGAUGAAAUUCUACAUUGCACCACAGCUGGAGGGUCAUUACUGGAGUGAGGAAAAAGGAAAAUGAAGCUCUGACAUAUAUAGAGGAAGCCAGGGAAAGGAGACAACUGACUCAAUCUCUUCAUUGGGGACAAUUCUUUACACAUGGAAAGCCACAGGAAUUAAAAUUAAGAACUGGUUAAGGCCUAAGAACAUUUUUUUAAUAGCUCAGAAUUUGAAUCAGAAGUUGUCUGCCUCUUCUCUUUUCCGGCAAAGGUAUUGAAUUUGGCAACAUCUUGUGAUUUCUUUGGUUCAAUCUGUUGGUUUAGGGACAAAUCAGUAUCUGAUCAGUCUGUUACUCUGCAAGAAACAACUGCUGUGACUUCUGCUGAAAAUUAGUGGUGCCAUAGCUUACAAAGUUUCAGGCAAUUAGUGGAAUUAACCAGGGAUCAAGCUGUGAUCAUCACAUGUAAGCACUCUGAAGAGCUUGAUUUAUUUUCAGGUAAUCGGUGCUAUCAGAGACAUUGAGAAGGGGAGUUUCCCAAAGAGAUGUUCACUGCAUAUAGAAAUCCCUACAUCAGUACAUCUCUGACCUAAAAAAAAAAAGGCGAGAAUUUGUAGAUAUAUACCUUUUCUCUGAGAAUUUGACAAGGCUUGAAAUCUAUUAAUAAUAUGCUUUCUCCUAACUUUUGUUCAUUGUCACACCAAGUUAUCGGCUGUAAUGCAUGAAGUUUAUCUGUAAAUUUAUCAAGUUCUGGAUCCUUUUUUGGAGGAAAA